AUGCCCUUCGCCCAGCUGAUAAUUGGACCGCCGGGCUCCGGAAAGUCCACAUACUGCAAUGGCAUGCAGCAAUUCAUGUCUGCGAUCGGCAGAAAGUGCUCAGUGGUGAAUCUGGAUCCGGCAAAUGACCGCACAUCAUAUACUCCAGCAUUGGAUGUACGAGAGCUGGUGACACUCGAAGAGACCAUGGCGGAGGAUACGCUGGGCCCCAAUGGUGGGAUAUUAUACGCAAUGGAGCAGAUCGAGGCCAACUUCGAUUGGUUUCAAGAAGGGUUGAAAGACUUAGAAAAUGACUAUAUCCUAUUUGACUGCCCUGGCCAAGUCGAAAUAUUUACACAUCACUCAUCGCUUCGAAAUAUUUUCUUCCGCUUGCAAAAGUUGGGGUAUAGAUUAGUUGUGAUACACCUUAUUGACUCAUAUAACCUGACCCUCCCAUCGAUGUACAUCUCGGCCUUGCUUCUCUGCCUUCGCGCGAUGCUACAGAUGGAUCUCCCUCAUUUGAACGUGCUCACAAAGAUCGACAACCUUUCGAACUACCCGCCUCUCCCGUUUAACUUGGACUUUUAUACUGAAGUUCAAGAUCUGACAUAUCUGGUUCCGCACCUGAAAGAAGAGCCGCCGUUUGUGGCUAGCUCUAAAUUCGACGCCCUUAACAAGGCGAUUGUUGAGGUCGUGCAGGAUUUUGGACUCGUUGCCUUUGAGACUCUCGCGGUCGAGGAUAAAAAGAGCAUGAUAGAUCUCUUGCAGGCUAUCGAUAGGGCGAGUGGGUAUGCCUUCGGAGCAUCUGAGGGGGCGAACGAUACUAUCUGGCAAGUAGCAGUUAGAGAAGGAAUGGGCACCAUGCACAUUAAGGAUGUACAGGAGAGAUGGUUGGAUGCUAAAGAUGAGUGGGACAGUCAUGAAAGAGAUAAAUUGGAAGAAGAAGCGAGUGUACGCGAGCACGUAGCUACAAAGACACCUGGCAACGGUGGCGGGGAUGAGGACGUGGACAUGGGCUUAGACACGUAUGUGCCGAAAGACAGCGGAAUAAAGGUCGUAAGGAAGUAA